AUGACACCGAUGGCGUCUCAAGCCUCAAUUGAUAGACCCUCCGGGCUACCAGUUGACAAUCCGAGCAAGUCGUACUGGCUUUCAGAGCCGUCCGAGGUCCUUCUCGGUCACCGUACCACGAAAGACUUACCGCAAACUGCCGACGUCCUCAUCAUUGGGAGCGGCAUUACUGGCGGGUUUGCAGCUCACUUUCUCAAAGAAAAGGCUCCUAGCUUGAACGUCGUCAUGCUUGAGGCAAUAGAGGCAUGCUGGGGCGCUACUGGGAGGAACGGUGGCCAUUGUCAGUUGGGAUACUAUGUCUCGCCGCCGCACAUCGCUGCAUUUGAGCAUCGAACAUAUUGCUUCCUCAAGGAAUUCCUCGAAUUGCACUCAAUUCCUUGCGAUUGGCGUACUGCAACGGGUGUACACGGCUUUUAUUCUCCAGAGCUCUUCAUCAGCGUCAAGAAGACUAUCACAAAGAUUCAGGGAAAGUAUCCGGAUAUUGGAGCAAAUAUUGCAGUUGUCACAAAGGAGUCUCCCUCAUGCUUACUACAAGGCGCUGUCAUGCAGGCGAAUUCUGCGAGCCUCUGGCCGUACAAGCUUGUUGCUUUUGUGCUGGAACGACUCCUGGCAGCUAGCGGCUUCAAUCUACAGACAAAGACUCCAGUUACAAGCCUUAAAAGAGCCGAAACAUCAGCAAGAAAGUCAAGUUCUCACCGAGAUGCCGACGAGGCAGCGUCUAGGGGCUGGACAGCUCACACAACCCGUGGCGACAUUUCAGCCCGGCAUGUUUUCCUAGCGACAAAUGCGCAUAUUUCUCAUCUGCUUCCCCAGUUCGCCAACAUCAUCGUGCCGGUAAAAGGCCAGGUAUCCAGCCUCAAGCCGUCGCCGUCGGCACAGCCCGCCGAAGAUCCGCUAGACAUUGGACACACACCUCCGCCAGGUGCGGAACUGAUUUAUGGCGGCGGACGCAUCCACGCAAAGGACCACGGACUCGGCGUGUGGGAUGACAGCACCAUCGACGAACCGGUGGCCCGCUAUCUCAAAUACGAGCUGAGCAGCUUGAUGGAUCUCUCGAUACGUGAGCAAGGAAAUUCACAAGGCGAGUAUGGAGUCCACGCAUCGAAACCAGAUAUCGAACCGACGUUUGAAUGGUCAGGCAUCAUGGGGUUCUCGCGAGACGGCUGGCCGUGGGUUGGUCCUGUGCCGGAAACCGCCGGUGGUGGAGAUGGGCUCUGGCUAUGCGCUGGAUACUCUGGCGGCGGCAUGCCCAACGCGACUCUGUGUGCCAAAGCGGUUGUUGACAUGAUGACCCCUGGCCACGAGGGUGAGGACGAGGUGGCCGGUCGGAUACAUCUACCCCCGGAGUAUCUCCUUACCGAGGAUCGACUCGAGAAGGCGAGAGCAUGCGAGACCGUGGCAGAAGGGGACAAGAGGGGGGCAUUCAUGUUGGACUUGGACAUAUUUUGA